AAGGUAAACAAAAAAUUCUUAUCAAAAUUGUCUCAUGUUGAUUAAUAGUUUUCCUCAAUUAAUUUACUUUGAUUAAUUUUCUCUGCAAUGGUAAAGUUUAUUGUGUCUAAUUAAUUUUACAAUUAUGGAAGUUCCGCCGGCGGGAGAUGAAGAUUUCGAAUUAAAUCGUGAACCGGAUUGCUCUUAUUCUCUUGGUGAAUUAAAAGCUUCAUUGGAUAAAACAAUUUUCUAUCAGAUCCCUUUAUCUACCGAUGGCCCACCCAAACCUUACCCUGAACGAUUUGUUUACAAUUGGUCAUCAACAGCAUCUUCAUGGGUAUUAUCGCCAUCUUAUUCAUCUUUAGUGAUACCAUCGAAUUCAUUACCUUCAGAUUAUGUUAGAAUGCCUUUUAAGGUUGACAAUCAAUCUAAACAUAAACUAUUGGGAACAAGUGAAUGGACAAAAAUUGUUAAUCUACUUACAUCAAGUUCAAUCUUGACAACAACUAACCUAAUCUCUGUUAUUAAAGAUUAUAAUCCAGGCCUGAUUAAAGAAAGUUUCAGUGUUUUAUCAACUCUCCUAGAUGAAUGUUAUACUCCAAGUGAACGUGAACACUUUUUCUCAAUCAUUUUACCCAAAAUGAUUAAAUUAACUGUUGAUUUACCCAAAUUAAUUCGUCAACCAAUUCCAAUCUUAAAGCAGCGAUCUAAUCAUUCAUUAUUUUUUAGUCAACAACAAAUAUCAUCGUUACUUUGUAAUGGAUUUUUUUGUACUUUUCCAGAACACAAACAAUUCAAAUUACAAGAUUUCUCAUUCUCCAAAUUAUUCUCAUCACCCAAAGAUGAUCGUUUUAAUCGUAAACUGGAAAAGCUUAAAUGUAUAUUGAACUAUUUACAUCGAGUGGUCAGUGAACCUCCUAAGGGUAUUGUCUCAUUUGAAAGGCGACACUUGGAAGAAAAUGAAAUGGUCAACUGGUCAUCAUCAUCAUUAAAAUUGUCCAAAGUUUCCGUCCAUUUGAAAGGAACCAUUGAAUCUCAUGGUUAUGGUAUGAUUCAGGCCGAUUUUGCAAAUAAAUGUGUCGGCGGUGGUGUAUUGCGAUCUGGCCUUGUACAGGAAGAGAUUAGAUUUGUAAUUAAUCCGGAAUUAAUGGUCUCCAUGUUAUUCACUGAAACUCUCCUUGAAAAUGAAUGUCUUUUAAUCACUGGAACGGAACAAUUUAACAAAUAUUCUGGUUAUGGUAAUACAUUUCUCUUUGAUGGUAAUUAUUAUGAUCCAACGCAAUUAGAUGAAUGGGGUCGACGUUAUACCAAAAUUGUGGCCAUGGAUGCGAAAUCUUUUCCUGGUAAUAAAGUUCGUGAUCAAUAUAAAAGAUUAUUCAUUGAUCGAGAAUUAACCAAGGCUUAUGUCGCAUUUAUGGAUAGACGGAAAUUGGACCGUAAACAUCUUUGUGCCGUCGCCACUGGUAAUUGGGGUUGUGGUGUUUUUCGAGGUGAUCCACAAUUAAAGUCUCUAAUACAGUUAAUUGCUGCUUCAUUAUCGGGACGAGAUGUUAUGUAUUUUACCUUUGGUGAUGCCAAACUAUCAACUGAUAUGAGUCUAAUUGUUAACAGUUUAGGACAAAAAAAAAUCACAACUGGUCAAUUGUAUCAAUUUUUAAUUGAUUAUGGUGAUUAUGUUUCAUCCCUUGAUUUGGACCAAGAAAAGGAACCAUUAUUUGAUUAUGUCAUAAGAAAAUUUUUAACAGAAUCAACUUAAUUUCUCUUAAUCGACUUUACAAAAUUAUUAACUUUGUACAAUUUUUUAUAUUAUUCUUUUUAUAUUUAGAGCGUAACAACCAGAUAUUUAUUCUUACGAGCGCUAGUAACUUUCAGGUCACUUUGUCAUUUAUUUUGAUCGAUCGUUAGAAAAACAUUUGGCUGUUACGUUCUGUUUAAUCAUAUUCAUUCAUUUGAAUCAAAUUUGAUCAUCAUGUUGAUCUUUAAACGCAAAUUAGUUUCAUCGAGAUCUUUUCAUUCUUGAUCAGUUAUUAAAAAGUAUUAUUCUAUUACGA